CGUUCCCGCAGGGGACACGGGGCAGGGGUACAGCGUGUGCCAGGCGCUGGGGUCCGGCAGGUCCGGGCUGUCCCCGAUGUCCCCUCUGGGGCCGCGCUGGCGGCGGUGACAGCGCUGACCCUUCCCUCAGUGGGCACCGGGCCAGCAGCGCCGCGUGACGCGGCCUGGGGGGCUCCCGCGGGCCACCGCCGGGCUGGCACCGCCCCCGGGGGACACCGGGGAGGACACCCACCGCCCCGGGGUCCCCCCUCCGCCCCGGGGUCCCCCCUCCGCCCCGGGGUCCCCUGUCGGUGGCAGGCGGCCCGUGCCGGGGGGUGGCCGUCCCCGCGCCCAUCGCCCCGGUGUCCCCCCGCAGGUGCCACCGGCGGGUCUCCAGGAUGGCGGAGGCCCACCAGGCCGUGGCCUUCCAGUUCACGGUCACCCCCGAGGGCUUGGACUUCCACCUGAGCCGCGAGGCCGUGCGCCAGCUCUACCUGGCCGCCGUCCACUCGUGGAAAAAGCGCUUGGUCCGCGCCAAGAACAGCUUCCUGACCGGCGUGUACCCCGCGUCGCCCUCCAGCUGGAUGGUGGUGGUGAUGGCCACCGCCGGCUCCUGCUACUGCCAGGUGGAUCCGUCCCUGGGGCUCAUCGCCCGCAUCCAGCGCUGGCUGCCCCGCGGCGAGGCGCUGACCCCCCAGGCGCAGACCGUGGUCAGCACCGUGGUGUUCUCCACGGGCGCGUGGCUGGCGGCCGUGCUGCUCUUCCGGAGGCUGCUCCGCCUGCUGCUCUCCUACCACGGCUGGAUGUUCGAGCCCCACGGGCACAUGAGCCGCAGCACCCGGCUCUGGAUUGCGCUGAUGAAGAUCAUGUCCAUCCGCAAGCCCCUUCUCUACAGCUUCCAGAGCUCCCUUCCCAAGCUCCCGGUGCCCCCCGUGAAAGCCACCGUCGCCCGGUACCUGGAGUCGGUGCGGCCGCUCCUGGACGAUGACAAGUACCUGGAGAUGGCGGCGCUGGCCAAGGAGUUCCAGGAGAAGACGGCGCCGCGGCUCCAGCGGUACCUGCGCCUCAAGUCCUGGUGGACAACCAACUAUGUCAGUGACUGGUGGGAGGAGUACAUUUACCUGCGCGGCCGCAGCCCCCUCAUGGUCAACAGCAACUACUACGCCAUGGAUUUCCUGUACGUGACCCCCAGCCCCAUCCAGGCCGCGCGGGCGGCCAACGCCGUGCACUCCAUGAUACUCUACCGGCGGCGGCUGGACCGGGGCGAGAUCCCCCCGAUGAUGGCCCUGGGCGUGGUGCCCAUGUGCUCGUACCAGUCGGAGCGGAUGUUCAACACCACCCGCAUCCCGGGAAAGGAGACGGACACGCUGCUGCACCUGGCGGACAGCAAACACCUGGCCGUGUACCACAAGGGCCGCUACUACAAGGUGUGGCUGUACUACGGGGGGCAGCUGCUGCCGCCCGCCGACCUGGAGAUGCAAUUCCAGAGGAUCCUGGAUGAUCCCUCACCCCCCCAGCCCGGGGAGGAGCGGCUGGCGGCGCUCACCGCCGGGGAAAGGGUGCCGUGGGCCGAGGCGCGGGCGCGGUUCUUCAGCCGCGGCCCCAACAAGGCGGCCCUGGACGCCAUCGAGCGCGCGGCCUUCUUCCUCACGCUGGACGAGGAGGAGCACGGCCACGAGCCCGCCCGGCCCGGCUGCAUGGACGCCUACGCCAAGUCCCUGCUGCACGGCCGCUGCUACGACCGCUGGUUCGACAAGUCCUUCACGCUGGUGGUCUACAAGAACGGCAAGGUCGGGGCCAACGCCGAGCACUCCUGGGCCGACGCCCCCAUCGUGGGGCACCUCUGGGAGUUCAUGCUGGCCACGGACAAGUUCCAGCUGGGCUACACGGAGGGGGGGCACUGCAAGGGGGACCCCAGGCGGCAGCUGGCCCCCCAGCGCCUGCAGUGGGACAUCCCCCCCGAGGUGGGUGACACGAUGGACAGGGGCGGGGACAGCCUGGGGACAGGGGCGGGGACAGCUACAGUUUGGGGUGCAUUUUGGGGUUCAGGCCCCCCAACCACUCCCCAAUGCUCAGAGGGGCAGCAGCUGUUCAAGGUGCAGGUUUGGGGUGCAGGUUUGGGCUGCAGGUUUGGGCUCAGUUUGGGGUGCAGGUUUGGGGUGCAGGUUCGGGGCGCAGUUUGGGGUGCCGGUUGUUUUGGGGUUCACCCCGCUGCCCCCCAGCGCUCGGAGCGGCAGCGGCUGUUCAAGGCGGCGGCCGAGAAGCACCAGCAGCUCUAUCGCCUCGCCAUGACGGGCGCGGGCAUCGACCGCCACCUCUUCUGCCUCUACCUGAUGUCGCGGUACCUGGGCACGCAGAGCCCCUUCCUGGCCAAGGUGCUGUCAGAGCCCUGGCGCCUCUCCACCAGCCAGACCCCGCAGCAGCAGCUCAGGAUGUUCGACCUCAACAAAUUCCCCGACCACGUCUCCAGCGGCGGCGGCUUCGGCCCCGUGGCAGACGAUGGUUAUGGGGUGUCCUACAUCAUCGCCGGGGAGAACCUCAUCACCUUCCACGUGUCCAGCAAGUUCUCCAGCCCCGAGACGGACUCGCAGCGUUUCGGCCGCAACAUCCGCCAGGCCAUGCUGGACAUCGCGGGGCUCUUCGACAAACCCCCCCCCGCGGCCGGGAAGUGACCGGGGGGUCCGCGGGGCUCCCCGGUUUUGGGGGGCCGGGGGUCGCUGCCCUGGACCCGCUCCCAAUAAAGGCUCUUGGUGUGA